AUGGAACAUGCGAGACCACCGCUGGAAUUAAGCCUAGAACUAGGGCCGGCGAAGCGGCGCUCGUGUGAUAAAUGUGGUGGAUCCUGGUGUGAUAGUGGUUAUAAAUGUCCAGCGAAAACGGCUCGAUACAACCGUCGCGCGUCGGUCUGUCCAGUCAGAAAAAUACCUAUCGGUGUUCGUGAUAAGCUACAAGUGGAAUUAAAGCGUAUGGAAGAUAUGGAUGUCAUAAGGAAGGUAUCGAAUCCUACGGAAUGGGUGAACGCGAUAGUAGGGGAAGCCAAGAAAAACGGUACUAUUCGAGUGUGUCUCGAUCCGCGACCGCUGAACCGAGCGGUGCGGCGUGCGCAUUACCCGUUGCCGACCCUCACGGAAAUAGCAGCCUAG